GACGUGAGAUUUGCAGAUACAUCAUGGCAUGCAGCAAUUUUUCUCGACUUUUACAGCUUGGGGCGAGAGCAUGCACGAGCACGAUUGCAUCGAACACAAUAGUCAGGCAAAGCCCUUUAGUGCCAAAGCUAUGGGAUUUAAAUGUCAGAUAUUACAGAAAAAUGAAGGGUGUGCCCAGGCAUUUACCUUGGUUUCCUCCAAAACCUCCAGCGACUCCAGAUUAUCAAUCCGAAGUAGUUGAUCCAUCAGAGGAAAAUGAAAAACUUAUAACAGAGGUGUCAAAAGAAAUAAAUAAACAAAUUGCUGAAGACAAAACAGGACGUUUAUUCGCUAUAGUACAUGUAGCUGGAAAACAAUUUAAAGUUACAGAGAGUGAUAUUAUUAUUAUUCGGGGUUAUUGGCCUCCAAACAUAGGGGAUCAAAUAAAAUUGGAAAAGGUUCUUCUGUUAGGAAGUAAGGAUUUUACACUUGUUGGUAGGCCUAUUCUUAACAGAGAAUUAGUUUCCAUUGAUGCAACUGUAAUUGAAAAAACACUAUCAAACACGAUUACUCACUUCAGAUUCAGAAAGAGGAAACAAUAUCGAAGAAUACAUUUUUACAAGUACCAGCAUACAUAUGUUAGAAUCAACAGCAUUACAUUGAAUGGUGAAGUCGAUAAGAAAUUAGAGGUUGAAGGAUUAGAUAGAGUGUAUUAAAUACGAAUGACUCAUUAAGUAGCUUUUGUACCAUAGGGCAAAGGCUAAAAAAAUUAUACAAUAUUUGUUUGAAAAUAUUUAUUAAGUAUCAGU